GAGCCACAGAGCCCGCUCAGCCAGCGCUCCCUCCAGCCUUCCCGCAACAGACACAGACCCUCCGAGCUGAGACCCAUGGCCCGAGCCGCGACCGCCGCCGCCCCCCGGCUCCUCCGCGCCGCGAUGCUGCUCCUGCUCCUGGUGGCCGCCUGCCGGCGCGCGGCAGGGGCGCCCGUGGUCAACGAACUGCGAUGCCAGUGCCUGCAGACCUUGCAGGGGAUUCACUUCAAGAACAUCCAGAGCGUGAAGGUGACGCCCCCCGGCCCCCACUGCGACCAAACCGAAGUCAUAGCCACUCUCAAGACUGGUCAGGAAGUGUGUCUCAACCCCGCCGCCCCCAUGGUUAAGAAAAUCAUCGAUAAGAUGCUAAACAAGGCUAGUGCCAACUGAUCUAGAGAGAUGGAAGGAGCUUCUUGGCUACUGCAGCAGCCUCCGUGGAAUCGAAGUAAAAGAAGAGAAACAAAUGGCUCCCAGGGCCAUCUGGACUGUGUUUAAUGUAUUUGGCUGUUUCUUAUGAGAGUUCUAUUUAUUUACAUCUGUAUUUAUUUAUUUAUUUUUCAAAGCCUGUGUAUUGAUAUUCUAAUAUUUAAAGGUGUGAAUGUAUUUGGCAGUUCUCCGGACUGUUAGUUUCAAAGUUUAUUUUUAUGUUAACUCAAAGUUAGUUUGAUCCUGACUGUUAUUUAAUUUGAAGAUGAUGUGUUUUAAGUGUUCUUCACUUAUAAACUAUUUUUGGGGAGGGGGUAUUCCACACUGUACUAUCCACUAUAGUAAAGACUAGAGACAAUAGUGGAGGGUUCAAGAAAACAGAUAGAUCACGAUCACUGUUAAUGUAGGAAUUGUAUGUGUAUGUUUCCUUUUUGUAGAGAAGAUUGUCAGUUGUUAUUUAUUGAAACGUUUCACAGUCAACAUUUCUGACUGUAGUCAACAUUUCUGAUGUUGAACCUUUACAAAUGACAAUGAUCUAAAUAUCCCUUGGACAUUUUAUGUCUUCCUUGUAAGGCAUAAUGCCUUGUUUAGUGUGAGUUAUCUAAAUGUUUCUCUAUGUCUUGGAAUAGAGAAGUUUAAGUAUUUAUUGAUGUAUUUUUAUAAAUAACAUGAAAAUAAAGCUUUUUACACAAA